GAUGCCAUCAGCUAAUGUGGUUGAUCAAUAGCCCAGCUUGCUAUAAGGUUUCAAAGCUUGUGGCUAAAAGCUGAUUGCACUGGAUCCAAAAUAAAUUUGAUCUAUUGGUUUCCACAAAUGUAGCAUAGCCCAGGAUGAUGGUUCAGUGCUGAUGCUUAACUAAUUUUAAUAAUGCUGACAGGCUGCCUGCUGUGAGGGCACUGUAAUACGCCAACCCUGGCAGCAGAGCUCUUACUUGAGAUGCUUUGUACGUGGAGCUGUGCAUGGAGCUGUCAGUCUGUAGCAAACAGCAUGCAUAAAGAUUCAUGAUUCUGGCAAUGGGGAGCGUGACGGACCUUGCUGGUCACGUUUUCAUUAGAUGCAAACUUUGAUCCCGGAUUCUUAAAAAGAGAGAGGUGCUGGCACAAAGUGAGACUGCUCUGUUAGUUCUGGCUGGAGAAAUAAGCGCUAAUGAAAAAGGAGGAAGAGUUCUGUGGCUGAGUGACUGUAUCAUGGCUACGGGGCCGACAGACGUCAUACAGUCACCUGAAACAGGGGAGACAGCCGAAGAGUACGCAGGAAAGAAAAAAUCCAGAUUUCAGACUUUCAAGAACUUCUUUGCCAAGAAGAAAAGGAAAGAACCUCCACCUCCCAGGGGGGAGAGUAACUUAAAACCUAGCCAGUCCAUCAGGGAUGUCAGCAUCUAUGUGCUUGACGCUAACGCACUUCAUUCACCGAAGGAGGCUGGGCCCAAAGGAAACAUGGGAAACAAAGCCUUGUCCCAUGACAGUGUCUUCAUUUUUGAGUCUGUAUCAGGAAGUGCGGCAGGUGACACGUCAUCUCAGGAAUGCAUACCUGGAAGAGUGAAAACUUUGCAGCUUCAGCUGCAGCAAAACAUCAGGCUUGGAUCUCCUCCUCUUGUUAUAACUGGAAAGAAAACGGAGGAUACCGGCGCAGUUUCGGAGGAUGAUGGAUUACCUAGAAGCCCUCCCGACAUUUCAACCCUUCACGAAGUUCUGGCUGAUUCACCAAGCAAGUCCUCCAACCCUGUUCAGCGUCAUAGCUCUUUGAGUUUAGGCGGGACAGACAGUGAAGAUGAACAGAUACCUUCUGGAGCUCCCUCCAGGCCCAUCAGUCCUUCGGCCUCGGCCGCUUCAGGGGCUGUGGGCUCACGGGGCAGCAGCUCCCUUCCCAUUGACUUCACCGUCCCUGCCAGCCCCCUCGGCUGCCUGGACACCUCAGCAGCCCGGCACCGCAUCGCCAUCAACCCCCGCAAACAGAAGGGCUUUACCAACAGGAGCCAGCAGAGCCAGGUGGAUCACCUAGAAAAGGAAGCAUGCCUUCAUGCAGCUCCAGAAAAGAAGGGAAAUACAACGGAAUUACUUGAGAGUGACCAGCAUGAAAGCAAUUGGGAAGGCUUAUCAGCCCAUGUGGGAUAUGAUGCGAAGGGAGAUCAUUCUAAGGAGGCACCAGGUGUAAAAUGUCCUGCUGAUGCUGACCCUGACUCCUGCAGUUCCACACCUGUGGCAGAAGACUCUUGUACUCUGCUGCAAGAAGAAGUGUGGCUUCCAGACACGGACCACCACUGUGCUGCAGCCACAUCCCUUCUGAGACCCAAAUCUCCUCCACUGAGCCUGGAGGAACAGCACAGUGCUGCAGUGCUGCACUGUUCGGAUGAGGCUGCUGGGGAACUGGAAUUACAACAGCAAAACACCAAUACAGAAGUAUCGGCACUUCCAGAAUCUCAACAAAUUGAAGCAGGAGGUGCUGUGCUUCCAGGUGUACUAGCAGCUGACUUGUUUAGCAGUGGUAUGGAAACGGAAGGUAUAACUAUAUUGGCAGAUGUUGCACAAAGGUCCCCAGCAAAAUCUGUGGGCCACAAUGUCAAAGACCAGGAAAAGGGGGGUGCACUAUUUAUUGGCAAAGUAGAAGCUUGUCUGGGUACUAAUGAGAGCUGUUCCAACCAGGCUGUCUUAGAUACCACUCUGAGCAUUUCACAAGUUGCUGGAGCUGAUUCAGAGUCUUCUUCUGACGUCAAGACAGUGGCUGUUUUGAAGUCUGAAAACAGCUCAGCAACAAGAAAUGACGACGACACUUGUGAAAAUACAGAAUUUCAGCCAUCCAAUGUCAAUGCAGAAAAAAAAACAGACAGUGCUGCAUCUGCUUUAGAAGCAGGUUGCGUGCUACCUCCCAGCCAAUUGGAAGUGUAUUUUAAAGCAGAAAUACCUUGUCCUGUUUCAAAGGAUAACCACCCUCAGCAGACCUGCACAUCACACGCUUCUGAAAAACUUUCCAUUGAAAGUCUGGCCUCUUCAAGUUUGGCCGGGCUGACGUGUCAUGUCUCUUCUAAUGAUGACUCUAAGGAGUACCAGGUAAGCAGCACAGCUUCUCACAGGAAACCAGAGAAAGACAGUCAGUCGUCAGAAGAAAAUAUACAAAGUCCACUAAAGAGUGCUGCUGCUAAACCUGUUAGGUUUACCAUUGCACCUGCAUGGCAGAGAUCUCUCUCGGGGGGUUCAAAUUCAAAGGAAGAUUCCUAUGUCAGAAGUUCCCCAACCUCCCCUGUAAGACCAGAGUUAUUUGAAGGAAUAACAAAAGAACAUGCAGUCAUCCAGGAUUCUAUAAAAAACAACUCCAACAGAUUUGAUCGAGAUUGCAAGGACGGUGAUUCACAUUUGAAUUCUUCCCUGGAGUGGGCUGACCGUGAAGCACAAAAUGCUGAAAAUCCAUUUGGGGUCAAACUAAGGAGAACUUCUUCUUUACUGAAGUACCAGAGUGAAAGCCGUGUGGAGUCACCGAAGCUGCUCCCCUCAGCUGCUCCCACUGCUUCUGCUGCGGUCAAGGAGGAUCAGAAGCCAGCGGGUGUUGGGAAGCCACCUCCAAGCCUUCCUGUCAGCACAACAUCAUUUUUAAAACAAACCAAUCUAGAAGACAAAAGUCCUCCCAGGACAAGAUCAGAAGAAGGGACAAAGAAGCAAAAUGGUACUAAACCUUCAGAAAAAGUAUCCUCUCUACAUUUAGAAACUGCUCCCUCUGAGCCGGCUUGGAUCUACAUGGCAAAACUAAAACAAAAGGGUUUCCAGGACCACCCCCUCGCCAAAGAACACAAGGCUGAAGACCAGACCUCGAGCAAAGUUGAUCAAGAGGAGCAAGUCACCUGUGGUAGUGAGAACAUACAGAAGAACAUGUCUUCUAGCUUGAGGACUCAGGAGAAGAAACCACAAAUGAAGACCAGUGUGUGUGCUGCAGCAGGUAAAGUUGGACCUAUUGCUCAGGAAGCAUCUGUGAUUCCUGCUGUUGAAAAGGAAACGAGACACUCUUCUAACCUGCCAAUGACACCAUGCAGUCCUGCUGAACCACCCUGGCUAUCCCUGGCCAAGAAGAAAGCCAAAGCCUGGAGUGAAAUGCCCCAGAUUGUACAAUAGCAAAUGACACGAGCAUCCUUCUUUGUAUUGUCAAUAGCUGCAUUAACUCCAUUCAAAUCCUUCUUCACUGUGAUCUUUUUUUUUUUUUUUCUUUGAGAAAUAAGAGCCUUAGAACAUUUGUUCGGACUGCUGUAUGUAAAUACACAGUGAAGAAAUGCCAGCCGGGGCUUAAUUUUGAAGUAUUAGCAAGCAGAGCAUUUUCUACUACCAACUACUAGGAAAACUUGAUUGUUGUCGUACACUUACGUAUUUGACUAAAAGACACUGAUGUUCUAAGAACACAUGCUUCAGGCUUUUGAAACGUUUCCCUUGCUAAAUAUGUUUUUAAAGUUUCCAUAAGUGAUCCAGUGUUUUGUGCAAUGUGGUUUUGGCUAAGGAAUUAGCAAAUGCUAUAAAAUAGAUACGAUGCUGUACACUGACACAUCAUCGUGACUCACGGGCAUUGAUGUCAUCACACUUGUGUGUAAUGCUCUAAGAUGGGCAGUCCGCAUUUGCUUCUGAUUGCUAAUGGACCUAUUAUGUGAUAGCUGCGGGAUCCAAACAGCACUGUGAGUCGGAGUAAUUUUCACUUCUGGGUAAUUUGAAAUCACACUGCUGUGGGUUGUGUGCUUUGCUCCGUGAUGCCUGGUGGAACGGCCCAGAGCCACAUGCAUCCUUUCCUCUCCCACGUGCUAGAAAACCACCACGCUUUAGCAUACACUCUGUUUCUGGUUGUACGUUUGGAAAUCUGGAAUAAUCUAUAAAAAAACCCACAAACAAAAACCAAAAAAAACCUCCUUCCUUUAAUUAUGGCCAAGAGUGGUUUCUUUUUCAUGAGAUUCAUCAGUGAACCGGCUCUUUUAAAGAGUGGGCUGGAUCAAAGGCCACUCCGUUCUUCACGUUCUUGUGGCUGUGUGAUAAAGGGGCAGCUGCUUUCCCCUGUGCAUCAUCUGUCUUUAACUGGUAACCCAACAUCAGUCUAAAAACACCAGCAUUAAUGGCAGCAGGCUACAGAAAGAAAAGCUAUGUAAAAUGGUGUUAGUGGCUUAAAAAACAAUGGCACCUACCAGUCCUUUUUGGGGUUUUUUUUUGCAGCAUUGCACAUUUAUAAUUCUUGUUUACAGCCAGUACAAAAACUGAAGGCUGACUUGGCCAAUGGGCAGUUUUUAGCUGGGUAGUUAGUAGGCGUUUUUGAGGAAAAAGUUAUGGGAUUAAUUGCAAAACAAGAAAUCAGCUCAUUAGAAAGACUUCAAUCUUCCAGUCUUGGCUUGAAUUUAAAUAUGUAGAACACAAUAAUUGUAAACAGUAUUAAUUAGGAGCUAGAUUGUGGACUUUUUUAUAUAGGUAAAAACUUACCCAAAUAGGCUCACUGAAGCUAUAGAUUCUGUUUGCUUUGUACUAACACAGAGUAAGAGUUUUGGGGCUGGUUUGUUAAUCCAGGCCUAUUUUACUACUUGUUUUCUCUCUUUUAAGAGUCAUUUCUUCACUUGCAAAGAUCUGAAGCAUCUGUAUUUCUCUGAAGCUUUUGAGCAUAAUGUAAAUGAACAUACUCACUUUGAUUCCUGAAGUUCUGCCCAGCUGCCAUCCCAUCAGCUGCUUACUGACCUUGUGUAAAACACAAGUAUUUCUUUAUUCAGCAAACUCUUCUCUUUCAGUUUGUGUGGGUUGUGGGCCUUUCCCUCAACUACUGCAAAUGAUACUAGAAUCUCUCUUUCUCUGUUGUUGCUUUUGGUCUUAAUACUGUUCCUUUUAUGUUUGGUAUGUACAUAUGCUUUUGUAAUCCUUGUCUUGAAGGAACCCCUUUUGUAUUCCAUUCUCAUUUUUAUUUUACUAUUAAAUGCAGUUGUCAAUGGUGAUGA